AUCGUUCGCCUCGCGAGCUGCGACGAGCGUGUGCGUCACACUGUCACUCUCUCUCUCUCUGUCCUCCUCUUCUGUCUCUCUCUCCCUCUUCAUUCCCAUCCUCUUUCUUUCCCGAGUUUUCUCUCUCUCUCUCGAUCAGUCGUCUACGCUCCACAAGACUAAGCCCCGAAAGCGACACAAGGAUAGCUGGCCAACCUGUUACCUUCCGAGGUUACAUCCAGUGGCGACCAGUCGAUUACACACGGAUACUUUCUCUCAACAACUGGCGUCGCAGGCCACUGCUCUUCCCGGUGCGACAGGCGCCGUGUUCCUUGUACACUCCUCCCCGCCUUUCUCGUCUCGUCACCCACUCCUCAAUGCCAACGCGCCCACGCCUCACCGGCGCUCUGGCCCUCGUCGUGCUGCUGGCGCUUGCCGCGCCGGUCGUCGCAUCGUCUGGCGACCGCCACCCAUCCUUCAAACUCUGCACCUCGCUGUGCGAGGUCAAGCGGUGCGAGCCACAUCAUCCCCCGCUGCCCUGGCACUUGCGCGCAUUGCUAUGGACAUGCGCCGAUGACUGCGCGUACGUUUGCGGACACCGGCUUACCGAUGAGGCCGACGCAGGCCGCGAGGCGUAUCACCAGUUCUUCGGAAAGUGGGCCUUCCAUCGCGUCUGGGGUAUUCAGGAACCCAUGUCGGUCGUCUUCUCGUUGGGCAAUCUUGCGGUCAACUACCGCGGUCUGCUGAACGUGACGGAAUACGUGCGUGACGACAACGGCCUGCAUCCGUGGCUUGUCGUCGCCGCACUCGUGCAGAUCAACACCUGGUUUUGGAGCACAAUCUUUCACUCCCGAGACCUUCCUCUGACGGAAAAGCUCGACUAUUUCUCCGCCAUGACUACCGUCGCGUUCAUGCUAUUGUACGCCGUCGUGCGUAUCUUCGGGCUGCAGACACCGAAGAGCCGCAGCCCAUACUGCUUCAAGGUCACCGCGGGCUUUGCCGUGAUGGUGCUCUCGCACUUUAUUUACGUGUCAAGCUUCGCACACUUUCCCUAUGGGUACCACGUCGGCGUGGCGAUGGUGCUAGGCCUCGUGUCCAACGCCCUCUGGAUUAUGUGGACGCUUUCGUUCUACAUCCGCAUCCCGCCGAUCACGCUCGGUGGCAGAGUUCUCACCUGGCCGUAUCCCUACCCACCAAGAAAUCCGCAGCUGACUGCACGACCGAGCCAAGCCAAUACACCUUCCGUUCUCGUCGUGCUUACCAUGCUUGCCAUGUCGCUCGAGAUCCUCGAUUUCGCCCCACUACGCCGCACGCUCGACGCGCACUCCCUUUGGCACCUUGCCACAAUCCCACUGGGCGAAAUGUGGUGGCGUUUCCUCAUCAAGGACGCCAAUGACCUCCAAGUUGCGCAGGGCGGCGGCCGCCUUCCAUUGUCUUCAAACAGCGGAGUCAAGCAGGCUACAAAUUAGUGAUAGAACGUAUCAGUAGAGCUGGGUGAUGGUGACGGGAUUAUUGCAGCAGUGCAUCCUUCUGUGCUCUAAGGGGGUAUUGCCUAGGAAAGGUGCACGAGCCAACGGGUGCUAGGUAGGGAUGAUGAUGUGAUAAAAUUGCUAAAUGCAGACCCAAGAUGCAGGCGAGGCCGCAGCCGAGC